AGUUCAAAAAACAUUUGAUCACUCCUGGCUCCACCCCUCCUUUUGGUUUUGGACUUUUCGGUAAGGAAUCUACCAUACCCUUUGGCCAUUCAUUGCACCCAAAGCUUAUACUGCGCCCAGGAAGCGUUCUGUGUGACUGUGUUGCCGGACAAAGCCGGAUCUUUAAUGGUCUGGGUUGGCUGGGAUUGCAUAGAGAAAGAGGUUCUUCCAUGGAUGAAAUUUUAGUUCAUCUGGAUUCGUCGGAGACAGGAGAAACCACUCCUUCGCUGAACAAAAAGGAGAUACUGAACUUAGAACAAACGGAGGAUGGAUCAGUGGAUAUUGAGGGAAAACCGGCACUUAGGCACAAGACUGGAGGUUCAAGAGCUUCUGCCGUAAUUCUGGGAGUGGAAUGCUUGGAGGCCCUGGUUAUUUUGGCAUUGCUACAAAUCUGGCUGUUUACCUUAGCAAGGUCUUGCGUCAAAGCAAUGCAUCAGUUGCAACAAGCAUCACCACUUGGAAUGGAACUGGCUAUCUUUCAUCCUUAUUGGGAGCUCUUAUAACUGAUUCCUACUGGGGCAGAUACAAAACCAUUUUGGUCUUCACAUUGGUCUAUUUUCUUGUAUGCUUGACUUAGAUUCUCUAUAUGCAGCUCAAUUCUUGAAUUUUCUAUGGUGUUCAUGCCCUAUUAAGUCAAUCUAGCUAGUAAUUUACUUAAACAGAUACAUGUGCACACCUCCAUGUGAAUGAAGGCAAUUAUAGGGGAUGCUAACAAUCACUCUCUCUGCUGCAUUUUCAUUGUUGAAGCCUAUUUUUUGUAAAGGAAAUCACUGUCCCUCUGUAAUUGAAGCUCAAAAGCUAGUGCUCUUCUCUGGUUUAUAUCUCAUUGCCUUUGGAAAGGGAGGAAUUUACUCGUCUCUUCUGCCCUUAGGUGCAGACCAAUUUGAGGAUCGAAAUUCAGAUGAAUUAGAAAAGAAAAAAUCCUUCUUCAAUUGGUUUUACUUCUCUAUUUGCUUUGGUUCUCUUAUUUCAAGCACAAUUUUAGUUUGGGUCGAAGAGAAUAUUGAUUGGGCACUUGGAUUCGGCAUUUCUGCACUCUUUGUGGCCCUAGCACUAGGAGCCUUUCUAUAUGGGACACCGAUUUAUAGGUUACAAAGACCAGGUGGGAGUCCCCUCAAAAGAAUUCUCCAAGUUCUGGUUGCAGCUCUGAGGAAGACAAGCAUAGAAGUCCCCACUGAUAACAGUCAUCUAUAUGAGGUUCCACUUAAUAACUUGAUUGUCAAGGAAAGCUGGAAAUUAGUUCAUAGUAAUGACUUCAGAUUUUUGGACAGAGCUGCUACAAUAUCAGAAUCAGAUGCAAGGAGUACUGAUUCUCCAAGUCCCUGGAGACUAUGCAGUGUGACUCAGGUGGAGGAGCUAAAGAUUCUUCUCCGUUUACUCCCAAUUUGGGUGGGAGGCGUUAUUUAUUCAGUUUCCUAUGCUCAAAUGAGCACCACAUUCAUUGAACAAGGCAACACAAUGGAAACAAAGAUUGGAUGCUUCUCAUUUCCACCUGCCUCUCUCUUUGCCUUUGAAACUCUUAUUGUCAUCUUAUGGGUUUUUAUCUAUGACACACUUCUUGUUAACAUUGGGAAGAAAUUUAUAGAAAAUGGACAUGGGAUUUCAUGGCUACAACGAAUGGGGAUCGGUUUUCUACUGAUGAUGUUCGGCAUGUGCACAGUUGCAUUGGUGGAAGCAAAAAGGUUGGAAUGUGUAAGGGUUGGCAAAACCAUGAGCAUAGCAUGGCAGCUUCCCCAAUAUUUUAUUUUUGGUGUCUCGGAGGUCUUCAGUUUUGUUGGACAAAUCGAGUUCUUCAAUUAUGAGGCACCUAAUACCAUGAAAAGUACAUGUAAUGCAUUUUUCUUGCUUACAAUGUCUUUAGGUAAAUUACUUGAGUUCUCUUGCUACUACAUUAGUGACUUAUUUUACUACACGAGAAGGAAGGGCUGGUUGGAUACCUGCUAACUUGAAUGAUGGACACCUUGAUUAUUUCUUUUGGGUUCUGGCAGGGUUAAACACACUGAAUUUUCUCAGUCACCUUAUCUGGGCUAGAGGAUACAAGCAUAAAAAUAUCUAGUAUUUGAAGAAGGUUAAAUUUCAAUUGUAAGUUAUAGCAUAAUGGAUGCUCCACAGCAUUUAUUACUCCCUUAUUGCCACCACUGGAUUAAACCGCUGCUUGGACCACCUUUCUUGGGUUUGAUGAGAUUAAAGGUGUAAUUGUUCAAUAGCUUGUGAGCUAUGGACCUCUUUUUUGUAAAUAAUAUUGAAGCUUGAUGAAGAUCUACAUGUCAGGAUGUUCAUGUUCAAA